UAUUUGUUUCAGGUAUAACUUGGGUGCUGGUGUACCGCACAGACAAAUACAAGAGAUUAAAGGCUGAAGUGGAAAAACAGAGCAAGAAAUUGGAAAAGAAGAAGGAAACAAUAACUGAAUCAGCAGGCCGACAGCAGAAAAAGAAAAUAGAAAGACAAGAAGAAAAACUGAAGAAUAACAACAGGGACUUGUCAAUGGUUCGGAUGAAAUCCAUGUUUGCCAUUGGCUUCUGCUUCACUGCCUUGAUGGGAAUGUUUAAUUCCAUAUUUGAUGGCCGGGUGGUGGCAAAGCUUCCAUUUAUUCCCCUCUCUUACAUCCAAGGUCUCUCCCACCGCAACCUUCUGGGUGAAGAUUACACUGACUGUUCCUUCAUCUUCCUCUACAUUCUCUGUACAAUGUCAAUCAGACAGAACAUCCAGAAGAUGCUCGGUCUCGCUCCUUCCCGGGCUGCCACCAAGCAAGCAGGGGGCUUCCUUGGCCCACCACCUCAAGCAGGAAAAUUCUCCUAAAGCACAGUUAACAACCUUCAUAGAAGGUCUGACCAGUGCACAAGACUGCCUUUGGGAGGUAACAAGAUGGGAUCCUGCGCCAGGCUUCACAGGUCCAAAACCAGCCUAUGCAGUAUUUGCCGCAGUCUUGGAAACAUCUUCCAUUUGGAGUAUUCUACCAGCAGUUUUGUGCUUAUCAAACCAAGAAAGUUCUCAGAAGAUGACUUGACCUUUUGUUUCUGGUGUUUCUGAGAAAUAAAUGGCAUGGGCAUGUU